GCCACGCUCCCACUUUCCAGUCCCUCCUCAAAUUUGAAACUUUUUAUCCGGGAGUCAAGUUUCAAGCGCUUGUAACCGAUCCCUGAAAAAAAAAAAACAUCCUUCAAUUAUUUACACUGGUGUUUACCUGAGGCAGCUUCAGAGUGGGCACGACAGGACUUGAAUUGAAAGAACCGGGGAAUUAUUUGGGACAAAGAAGGAUUCGAUUGGAAUAAAUGUCCCGUCCGAUCACGAUGCAGAUUCGGGAGUUUUGCAUCGAAUAAAGUUUGAAAAAAAGUAUCACAAACGAGUGUAACUGAGCGGAGUUUACUGUUUGCAGACGCUAGUGUCCGGUGGAGAGGGAAGCACACACAAAGACAGCAUGGACACCUUCAGCACUAAGAACCUGGCCCUGCAGGCGCAGAAGAAGCUGAUGAGCAAGAUGGCGACCAAGUCGGUGGCCCACAUGUUCAUCGACGACACCAGCAGCGAGGUCCUGGACGAGCUGUACCGCGUGGCCAAGGAGUACACGCGGAACCGCAAGGAGGCGCAGAAGGUUAUCAAGAACCUCAUCAAGACGGUGGUGAAGCUGGGCGUGCUCUACCGCAACAACCAGUUCAACGGGGAGGAGCUGGCCCUGGUGGAGCGCUUCCGCAGGAAGGUCCACACCCUGGCCAUGACGGCGGUCAGCUUCCACCAGAUCGAGUUCACCUUCGACCGCCGCGUCCUCUCCGCCAUGCUCAACGACUGCAGGGAGCUCCUGCAUCAAGCCAUCAACCGCCACCUGACCGGCAAGUCCCACGCCAGGGUCAACCACGUCUUCAACCUCUUCGCAGACUGCGACUUCCUGGCUGCCCUCUACGGGCCCUCGGAGGUCUACCGGCCGCACCUGCAGAAGAUCUGCGAGGGCAUCAACAAAAUGCUGGACGAUGGUAACCUCUGACCUUCUCAACGUCCGUUCCCUGUUUCGAACAGGGAUGGAAAUGAGACUCCUGUUGCGUAGCAGUUUCACCCAUUCCAAGUUCGACUAUGAGCUUGAUUAGCCACAGCGUGGAGGUAACGAGCUCAGAUGUGUCUUAUUAAACUCAUAGUGAAACCGGGAAUGGAUCAAACUGCUAUGCAAUGAGUCUUAUUUCCAUCCCUGACAUAGGGGCUGAUACUGAGUUUUUUGUGCAAGUGAUAAAUUAAGACUUAAAUUGCAGAACAUCAUUCAAAGGAGACUAGAAAAGAAGACGUGACAUUUGUUUUCCACUUUGGGGAGGGCUGGUUUUUACUAUAAGUCCCAAAGACUGACCUACCAAACAAAGUCAAGUGCAUUAAACACAACAGAACAAGCCCUCCACAAUUGUAACGUUCUCUCAACCAAAGAAAUGGGACGGGAUGGACAUAAGUCAUGGUCAUUUAUAUUUAUGGUUUGAAAAUGACAGAUCUGCCAUUCAGGAAAACUAACUAUUGUGAAUGCAGUUAGUUCAGGAUGCAGGGGAUGACUCUUCUGGCAAUAUAAGAUAUAUAUGACUGAGUGGCAGUGCUCUGUCCAGCACCUGGAUUCCUUGAGGAUUACCUGAGGCUGUUUAUAGACAUUAACAAGUCCAGGCACCAGGCACCUUGUACAGGUAUACACGGCUGUGUGGCGACACCUGAACAUGGUGAUGUGUGCAUCCCCAAACAGGCACCCCAGGGAAACGAGGACCUGUGCUGGUUAUUGCUGCCGAUCCUCUGCAUACAAUUAUGCAGCCAAACAUGUGCGUUUUAUUGAAAUGUUUUAUUUUAUGAUGUAUUGUUGCAAUUUGAAACGCAAUUGCAGUUGAUUCCCGAGUAAUUCACCACAACCACAAAAACCACCCCCAGUCCUGGUGAAUCAGGGCUAAAAUGGAAAAAAAUAAAUAAAACCGCACCGUGAUGGGGAGGGUUUUUUAUUCAGGCAGAGGUGAGCGUCCGUGUGAUGUUGAGAAGAAAGCAGCGUGGAUGUUUGCUCUGAUGACAACGCAGUGAAAUAAAUUGCUGUUGCUGGAUCGAUCCCCCAGUCGACAAACACAGUUACGUUUCAAGAUAAAUUUGCAACAGAAGGCAGAAAAGAGUGAGAAUGUUAUAAACACCAUCAUCCGACUAAUGUGAUCUAGAACUGAAAACGAGUUUUUAUCACUAUCCAGCACAUAAUGUUAGUCUCGUUCUUUUUUUUUUCUCAAAUGCAGUUUGUUUUGUUUAUCUGAGUCGUGUGUGUGUGUGUGCCUGAACAGACUUGUACAUUGCUGUCUCUGUUCUGCGUUCAAAUUAAUUCUCCUUUGCACCGCUACAAGGCGUACAGCCGAACCUCUGGGCAAAGAACAACCUCCAAGCCAAGCCUAUCAUCCAGUGUGAAGAAGAGAAGACAGUAUCACCCUCACCCUCCAUCUCUCAGACACAGUGAUCUGUUGGCCAAGUGAACUGACGGAGGUGGCUGGGCAUUCUCACAAUAAAGAAAGUAGAAGCUGCUGGGGGUCCGUGACAUACCCCCAGUAUUGUACCUCUCCACGGUAACUGAUACCCCAUCCACACUACUGAAAUAAUACGCUGUAAGCACACAUCAUACCACGCGGUGGCCCUUCUCAAUCAAACCUUUAUAUAGGGUAGAAAAAGGGGCGGCUGAUUUGCCCGCUCUGUUGGUCAGGAUUUUUCUACUCCCCUUUAAGGUGUUAUUCAUUCUGUUUUUGAA